GCCGUUUUUGCUAGCAUUCAUAAAAGUAGCAUAAGAUCUCAGCAUCCAGGAAUUCGAAUCGUCCAGUUGGAGGACUAUGUACUACCGAAUCACAGCUCUGUACGUCAUUACUUACGUCAUAGCACUUCCGCUCCUGUGCAGCGACCUGCCCUACUCCAUGUACUUCCGGUAUGACGUCACCCCGGGCAGGAGAACACAGCUGGACCGGGCUAUCGAAGAAAACCAGCAAAGAAUAGCAGUCGCGGAGGAUUAUCUGAGGAAACACGGACCGCAUCACAGGGUCUUCAGACGACUCAAUCGAAUGGCACAGAAGCGGACCCAACCACAGCUAGUCAUCACCGUGGUAACAGUUGCCAGGCAACCACACAACGGUUUAGCUGAACCCCGGUACCUGACGCAGGUAGUGACACAGUUCGUUCAGCUGCUCGAACAUGAGGGAGACAACAUUAUGUUCCAGGUGUGUAAUGUCCACUUCCCGCCGGAAACUCACCACGAGGCAGUCUUCCUGUCCAAGUACGUUCCCGUCGUGCACCGGGAGAGUGACGAGGAACAGCCAAAUGAAGAGGAUCCCUUUGAGAGAGAAAAGCUAGAUUAUACUUUUUGUCUGGAAAAGAGUGUGGAGCUGAACCCAGAGUACGUGUUAAUGGUGGAAGAUGACGCACUUCCGACUCCCGACAUGCUCCACGUCCUACGACACAAGCUGCAGUACCGACUGAAACUGAGAAUACACCAGGGGGAGCUUGUACACAGCAGCGAUGACUGGGCCUUUCUGAAGUUGUACAACAUAGAAAGAUGGCAAGGUUAUGGGAGCGACAUCGUGUCUUUUCUAGAACUCACAGGAGUUGGGCUUCUGGGUGGUACUGCUUUCCUUCUUGCAUCGCAAAGAAGAGGAUUAAAGACACACAGAAGAUUUGUAAUGUUCGUUCUUGGGUUUGUUUAUGUGGUAUUGUUGUGUUGGACAGUUGGUAGGCAAUACUUCCUGCAGUUCCGUAGACUGUCGGCACAGCUGUACACGGUCACGACCGGGCCCUUCUGUUGUACACCUGCCGUUCUCUACCCGGGAAACAUGGCGGCGGAGAUAGCCGACUUUCUGAAGUCUGGCACGUGUGAUGAGAGAUACCCACUGGACUUCGCUCUGUCGGAUUUCGCCAUCGACAAAGGAUUAACCCGGUACAAGGUGGAGCCGAAUCUGGUGCAGCAUGUUGGGCUGGUGUCCAGUAUCAGAUCCGAUGUCAGAGACCCGAUGGAGUUCUAGGCCGUGUUUAUGUGAAGUCACCCAAACCGCGAUUCGGGUAACUCACAUUCCUCACAUCUGGUCCACGUGCCACACAUUC